AUGUCUUCACAGGGCGAGCGCGCACCGUUGCUGCAACAAAGAUGGAGUGAGGAAGGCGAACCGCGCACACAUCUUCGCAUCCAAGACCUUUCGAAUGACGAAAACCCGCGAGAAUGGGCGCGAUGGCGCAAGAUGGCCAACGUGGCUGUCAUAGCCCUCAUGUCCAUCCUCAGCCCUCUCGUGUCCUCCAUGUUCACGCCCGGCAUCGCGCAGAUCGCCGAAGAUCUCAAAUGUAGCACGACGGCCGUUAUUGGAACAACCACCGGCUUCGUAGUCAUGCUCGGAAUCGGUCCCUUGAUCCUCGCGCCCCUCUCCGAGACGUUUGGACGGAGAAAGAUAUACCUCGUGUGCUUCUCCAUCUUCACCCUGUUACAGAUACCCGCCGCGCUCGCGCCGAACAUCGCUUUCCUCAUAACGGUACGGAGCAUUGCUGGCUUCUUUGGUAGCGUUGGCAUAGCGAACGGUGGCGGCACGAUCAGUGACAUGUUCUUACCAAGCGAAAGAGCUGGAGUGUUUGGCUGGUACCUGUUGGGCCCGCUGCUUGGACCUACCCUGGGACCGCUGUUUGGUGGUAUCAUCGUACAGCGAUUGAACUGGCGCUGGGUCUUCUGGAUCAUGACCAUUGUGUGCUUCGUCAACACCUUGGCGGGAUACUUCUUCCUCCGGGAGACGUAUGCGCCUGUCAUACUGAAUGCGAAGAAGGCGGAAUUCGAGUCUCAGAGCAACGAGUGGGAUGGCACGAAGUACUCGUACGAGGGCGAAGACACACGGCCGUUGAACGAGAAGCUCACGCAGGCUCUCAAGCGCCCUCCGAAGAUCUUUGCGCAGCCCAUCGUCGCGGUCAUGGCUGUAUACCAAGCGCUCAUCUUCGGCACAACGUACAGCAUCUACACGAACAUGCAGCCCAUCUACCAGGAUGACUACGGCUUCUCCACUGAGCAGGUCGGAUUGUUGUAUCUAGGCCCUGGAUCUGGGUUCCUGUUUGCAGUCUGGUUCCUCGUCCCACGCAUCGACACCGUGUACAAGACGCUCACAGCGAAGAACCACGAGAAGGCGCGACCUGAAUUCCGCCUCCCAUUGGCAAACAUCGGCUCCGUUUUCAUCCCCAUGUCGCUAUUUUGGUUCGCUUGGGCAGUACAGAAGCACACGCACUGGUUUGCAUCCAUCUCCGCGACCUUCUUCUACGGCAUCGGACAGGUCAUGAUCUUGAAUAGCACGCAGAACUACUUCAUCGACAGCUUUGAAAAGUACGCGGCUAGUGCCAUCGCUGCUGGUACUGUAUUCCGUAGUGUCGUGGGGGGUGUGAUCCCGAUCUUUGCGCCCAUGCUGUUCGAGAAGCUGGGGUAUGGUUGGGGUAUUAGUACGUUUGCGUUUGUGAGCUUGCUGCUUGCGCCUGCUCCGAUUUUGUUCUAUAUCUUCGGUGAGAGACUUAGGGAACGCUACCCGGUCGAUUUGUAG